AGUUUGAAGUUAACGCUCCCGAGCUUUUUCAUUUUUCUCCAACGCUGGUAUCAUCUUCACUGAUCUCURGUACAGUUAAACAUGAAGGGUUCUGUAUUUUUGGUGGUAAUUCUGGCAUGUUAUGUCGCACUCUCAUAUGCAAGCACCGAAGAGGAACAUCCAAUCAAAGAAAAGCGGUUCUUAUUGGACACAUGUAGCACAGAUGCUGAUUGCGGUAAGAAUCGCUGCUGUAUCAAAUACCUCAGCGUCUGCGCACCAAAACGAGGGCUCGAGCAAUCCUGUAACUUCAAGGAUUACCAUGGWUGUGGAUGUGAAGAUGGCCUAUACUGCCAAGUAGCCAAGUGCUUCGCUUCAUACAAGUACUAUCGCUGUCUYCCAGAGGCCUGAACCCAGUAAACACCAAGAGACACUUUGUUACGUAUUUGAUAGUCACUUCACUUACAUGAUGAAAAUAAAGCAAAUGAAACUAUAAAA